UUUCAAUUUAAUUACACUGAUUUUGUUGUUUCACUUUGGAGCUUCUGUUUCUAGAUUGGUUUUAAUUGAUCAUUUUCGAACCAUUUUCUUUUUUGGGUUUAUGGGUUAGGAUUUGAUGGGUCUUCUGGUUUGGUUCCGACGUAAGCUCUUUUAGGGAUUCGACAGUCUACUUUUUUCGUUUCUAUGGUGGGGUUCAUUUUUUUUUUUUUUUUUAAAUCGUUUUACAUUUUAUUAUAAUGGUACUUGGGGAAGGGCGAAUUUCUUGGCUUGCAAACGAGUCAGAAUAUCGGAGACAAUUUUUCUUCCUUAAAAAAGGUUUCCAUCGUCUCUAAAAUUUGGUGAUUAGUCGGAGCUGAGGGUGGUAGUGUUAGAAUAGAAGUAACACACGAAGGUAUGCUUUCAUGGCCUAGAGGUUGCUAUGGUUUGCCGGGAAUUAUUUGGUAAGACGAUGAAAAAACAAAAUAGAAGAGAACCACCUGAAACUUGGAAAGAGUUGCCUUUAAGUCUAGGGAAGACCAUCGGAAGCAAAUUGAAUUGGAAGAAGCGCGGAAGGCUGGGCUUGCACCGGCUGAGGUUGAUGAGGAUGGAAAAGAGAUCAACCCUCAUAUUCCCCAAUAUAUGUCAUCUGCACCUUGGUAUCUCAAUGCAGAGAGACCUAGUCUAAAACAUCAACGGAAGUGGAAAUCGGAUCCAAACUACACAAAGUCAUGGUAUGACAGGGGGGCAAAAAUUUUCCAGGCGGACAAGUACAGGAAAGGUGCCUGUGAAAACUGUGGAGCCAUGACGCAUGAUGCAAAGUUGUGCAUGGAAAGACCCCGGAAAGUGGGAGCCAAGUGGACGAGCAAGCACAUUGCUCCUGAUGAAAAAGUAGAGACCUUUGAGCUUGAUUAUGAUGGCAAGCGAGACCGUUGGAAUGGCUAUGAUGCAUCCACGUAUGCAUAUAUCAUUGAGAGAUAUGAAGCAAGAGAUGAAGCACGAAGGAAAUACCUGAAAGACCAACAGCUUAAGAAACUUGAGGAGAAAAAUAACAACGAAAAUGGUGAGGCUGGGGUAAGUGAUGAGGAGGAUGAUGAAGAUGACCUAAGGGUGGAUGAAGCCAAGGUUGAUGAGAGCAAGCAAAUGGACUUUGCAAAGGUUGAAAAGCGUGUACGAACAACAGGUGGUGGAAGCACAGGAACUGUGAGGAACUUGCGUAUUCGGGAGGACACAGCAAAAUAUCUUUUAAAUCUUGAUGUCAACUCUGCACACUAUGAUCCCAAAACCCGGUCCAUGCGUGAAGAUCCUCUUCCAGAUGCAGAUCCUAAUGAGAAGUUCUAUGGGGGAGAUAACCAACAUAGAAAUAGUGGUGAAGCUUUGGAGUUCAAGCAGCUUAACAUACACGCUUGGGAAGCAUUUGAUAAGGGACAAGACAUUCACAUGCAAGCAGCUCCGUCCCAAGCUGAGUUGCUUUAUAAGAAUUAUAAGGUCAUUAAGGAAAAACUGAAGUCCCACACAAAAGACACCAUCUUGGAGAAGUAUGGCAAUGCUGCUACUGUAGAAGACCUUCCAAUGGAGCUUCUACUAGGACAAAGUGAAAGACAAGUUGAAUAUGAUCGUGCUGGCAGGAUCAUAAAGGGUCAGGAGAAGGCACUUCCAAGAAGCAAGUAUGAAGAAGAUGUGUACAUCAACAACCACACAAGUGUCUGGGGUUCAUGGUGGAAGGAUCAUCACUGGGGCUACAAGUGCUGCAAACAGAUGAUCCGAAACAGCUAUUGUACCGGUGCUGCUGGAAUAGAGGCUGCCGAGGCUGCAACAGAUCUUAUGAAGGCUAAUAUUGCUCGUAAGGAAGCUACGGAAGAGAUCACUUCACCCAUGGAGGAGAAAAGGCUUGCUACUUGGGGAACCGAUAUCCCUGAUGACUUGGUUUUGAAUGAGAAGUUACUGGCCGAAGCACUUAGAAAGGAGGACGAAAGGAGGAGAGAAGAGAGAGACGAGAGAAAGCGCAAAUACAAUGUUAAAUGGAAUGAUGAGGUUACUCCCGAGGACAUGGAGGCAUACAGGAUGAAGAAAGUGCAUCACGAUGACCCAAUGAGGGACUUCUUACACUAGGUUUAGGUACGCGCGGUGAUGCUCCUUUGUUACGAGCCUGGAUUACAAUGCCAGUUUCACCAGCCGUCUUCCACAGUUUUGGCGUAACAUACUUGUAUAGAGCCUUCAUCUUUGAUGUAACGUAGUUUUGUGGUUUUCUUUCUGUAAGCUCCAUUUGGAUGAUUUCCGUGUUAUUGUACAAAUGGGUUGCUCCGUGAAAUCACCAUAGGCGUGGAUGAAUGCUGACAAGAACUUGUUGAUCUUUUGAGUAUUCAUUUGUUUUGUUUUACUCAGUUCGAACCCCAUGAGAAUAUUUGUAGCUUGUAAAUUACAUCCAUCCGUUCUAAGAUUCGGUUGUAUUACUA